AUGGCGAAGACAAGGAGAACCAACACAGAAGAUCAUCAUACAGAAGAGGAGGAACAUGUCGAGGUUGUUGAUGAAACUGAUCUGUUCGAAACAGUGCGUUUGCUGAAACAGGAAAUGGCCACGAUGAAGCAACAACGGGAGAAGGAUGCGAGGGAGCUUUCGGCCUUAAGAUCCGAAAAUGAGGCAUUAAAAAAUCAAGAUUCUUCGUGGAAGCCUACUCAUCCCACCACUACUCAGACACAAGGGUCUUAUCAAUCUCAUGAGAUCCGCACAUCGAUUCCUCACGGCUCGGUCGUGGCACCAGCAAAAUCACCUUCGGCCUUGCAUACGGUCGGACGACCCGCCGACGUGGCAACCAUCGGCUCACAUCGGCACCCUUUCACAUCCUCCAUUAUGCAGUUGCCCUUGCUUGAUAACUGGAAAUCGUUGCCCAUUGAUAAAUAUGAUGGUACAACCGACCCUGAUGAACAUCUUGAUGUUUUUCUCACGCAGGUAACCUUGAGCACCACGGAUGAUGCAGCUUUGUGUCGGAUCUUUCCGGCGUCUCUUAAAGGCAGGGCUUUGAGUUGGUUCACUCGGCUACCUCCUAACUCAAUCGAUUCGUUCAACACUUUAUCCUCACAGUUUACCAUCCAGUUCGCAACAAGUCGUCCCCAUAGCUUGACCUCUCUAUCAUUGGUAAGCCUUCGGCAGGACAAGAAGGAGUCUCUUCGGACCUUCAUGGAUCGGUUUAACAAAGUAGCGUUGGAAAUCCGAGACCUUAAUCCGGCCGUAGCACUCCAUCACCUCACAACGGCAUUGAAGCCGGGGCCGUUCGUCAACAGCAUUUGCAAAAAGCCUCCUUCGGACAUGAACGAUUUACGAAGAAGGGCCGACAAGUAUAUGCAAAUGGAGGAGUUAGUUGAAUACCGUAAUCAGGCCCGUGCCGAGUCCCUAAGCAAGACUGAAAAGCCCGCAGAACAACCUUUCAGAGGGAAAGGCAAAGAAAUAACACUGCGAGACCGACCCACUCGUGGGCCGAAAUACUAUCACUACACUCCCCUAAAUGCCAGCAGGGCAGCGGUGCUAGAAAAAGUCCUCGCGUCUGAAGUAUUAGCGGUCCCGAAGAGAGCUUCUACCCCACCACGGGCAGAUACCAGCAAAUCUUGCAGGUACCAUCGCAACCGUGGACAUUCUACCGAGGAGUGUGCUGCACUUAGGGACAAAAUAGAAGAUUUGAUCAAGCAGGGACAGCUUCAUAACUUCGUCGAUCGGUCCGGCUCAUCUCGGCCUCGCUCAGCAUAUCAACCUCGACACCAAGAACGGCACCAGGAUCGGCAUCGGCAUGAUAACUCUGAGAGGACUCGGCGCGACCGAAGCAGGUCUCGCGAUAGAAAGGAUGACCCCUCGGCGGCGCAUAGGAGGGUCAUCAAUACAAUCGCAGGGGGGUUCGCCGAGGGAGGAUCAACUUCCUCGGCUCAAAAAAGACAUUUACGUGCUAUUCGCUCGGUUCACGCCGUUGAUAGGCAGCCUUCCCGAAGACUACCAACCAUAACUUUCACUGACGCCGACUUUCAAGGCAUCGACCCCGUGCAGGACGAUCCAAUGGUGAUCAGUGUGGAAAUUCACAACUGCAUAGUCAAGAAAACGUUGGUUGACCAGGGCAGUUCGGCGGAUAUUUUAUACUGGAAUACCUUCAGGCAGUUAGGUAUUUCCGAGACGGAGUUGAUCCCUUACGAUGACCCGUUGGUCGGUUUCUCAGGAGAACGAGUAAGCACUAAGGGAUAUAUCAAGCUAUUCACUCGUUUUUGUUUUGACGAACAAGAAAGCAGAGAAAUUCAGGUAAAAUAUAUUGUGGUGCAUGCCAACACGUCCUAUAAUAUCCUCCUCGGUCGGCCAUCAUUGAAUAUGCUAGGGGAGAUCCUUACAAUCCACGCCGAUCAGAAGGCUGCUCGGGAAUGCUAUUUCGCCAGUCUGCGCAUAUCUCCCGUCGAAGAAAGACGACAAAAAUCCAAACGUGUUCAUGCCAUAACCCCUUCAACAUCAGACGAGUCGGUCGACUGGGAUCUUAACCCACGAAUGAACGAUGAAGAACGUGUCGAACCGAUUGACGAGAAAGUCCAGUUACAGCUCGGUGUACUUCCCACGCAAGUCACAUACAUCGGCGCCGAUAUGUCCAAGGAAGACUGCUCAAUCUUAAGCCUUGUGAUCAGUCGGAACAAGGACCUGUUUGCAUGGACACCAUUCGACAUGCCCGACAUAGAUAUGGGUGUUAUGUGUCAUAAAUUGUCAAUAUACGCUGAGGCACGACCAGUUGCUCAACGUAAAAGAAAAAUGGGGACCGAUCAAAAAUUAGCAGUGGAAGUUGAAGGGGCAAAGUUACUUGAGGCUAGAUUCAUCCGGGAAGUUCAAUACACUACGUGGUUGGCAAAUCUAGUCAUGGUUAAAAAACCAAACGGCAAGUGGAGAAUGUGCACUGACUACACUAAUCUCAACAAAGCUUGCCCAAAAGAUGCUUACCCACUCCCAAACAUAGAUCGGUUGGUUGACGGUGCAUCGGGUCAUAAGGUCCUCUCCUUCCUAGACGCUUAUUUGGGAUACAAUCAAAUCCGAAUGCAUCCCCACGAUGAAGAAAAGACGGCUUUCAUCACUGACUCAGCUAAUUAUUGUUAUCGUGUGAUGCCUUUCGGUUUAAAGAAUGCAGGAGCAACUUACCAGAGAUUGAUGAAUAAUAUCUUUCGAAACCAACUUGGCAGGAAUAUGGAGGUAUAUGUCGAUGAUAUGGUUGUCAAGUCCGAAGGCAUCACCCAGCACAUAGAUGAUCUCUCCGAAGUAUUCCAGCAACUCCGCAAAUUUGACAUGCGGCUCAAUCCAGAAAAAUGCGUGUUCGGCGUAUCGGGUGGAAAAUUUCUCGAUUUCAUGCUUUUGGCAAGGGGCAUUGAAGCCAACCCCGACAAGUGUCAGGCAAUCAUCGAUAUGAGAAGUCCCCAAAACCUCAAGGAGGUUCAGAAGUUGGCUGGACGGCUCACAUCUCUUUCAAGAUUUCUACCAUGUCUCGCAGAGAUUGCAAAGCCUAUUAUAGGUUUGUUAAAGAAGGUCAAGAAGUUUGAAUGGUCCGUCGGUUGUGAAAAGGCCUUCAAUGAGUUGAAGCAACGUCUCGGCUCCCCUCCUGUUCUCUCUAAACCCGAUCCGCAGGCAGAUAUGGUGGUGUAUUUGUGUGUAUCAAAUGAAGCCAUAAGCGCCGUUAUAGUACAGGAAAACGGCGAGUAA